AUGGCGAGCGGGGCUACCGGCCUGGUCACCGUGACCGACGAGGACGCCGACCAGGACUCGCCGAGCCUGGCCACGCGCAUCGCGGGCUGCUUCAACUUCCACUGGAUCCUCUUCGACGCGCUCGACACAUCCGCACCCAGGGACAGCCCGCGGCGGCUGGAGCACGAGGCGGCCGUCGGCCAGGAGAUCGAGAGCGUCGUUGGCGACGACGGCACAGAGCGGUCCGAGUCUGGCGCGAGGCUUGCGGAGAGGAUGCGCCGCAAAGGAUUCGCCGGUGUGGGGUUCGGCGAGCACGAGGUGGCCGACGCGCGUGCGGCGGCGAUGCAGGGCGAGCGCGGUGGCGCGCGGCGCGGCGCGGCGCGGCAGGCUGCUGCUAGCUAG